AUGAGCCCGUCUCGCUCCUUGCGUAUUGGUGUGGAUGUUGGCGGGACCAACACGGAUGGCGUAGUCCUCGACCUGGUCAGAUCUGGCGAUACAGGCCGAGGAAUCUUGGCAUGGCACAAGUGCAGCACCACCAAGAACCCCAGUGAUGGCAUCAACAAUGUCAUCCGCACCAUGUUCACGCAGUCGUCCAUCGACCCCAAAGACGUCGCCAGCGUCACCAUAGGCACCACGCACUUCAUCAACGCCGUCGUCGAGAGGGAUAGAUCGCGCCUGGCCCCCGUCGCCGUCAUCCGCUUGGCAGGGCCCUUCUCGCGUGACAUUCCCAUUGGCAUCGACUGGCCGCCGCGUCUGCGCGAGAUCAUCUGUGCUCACCGCGCCGUCGUCAGUGGUGGGCUCGAGAUCGACGGGUCCCUGAUUGGCGAGCUGGACGAGGCCGAGGUGGUGGCUGCAUGUGAAGAGAUCAAGAAAAAGGGCAUCAAGACCAUCGCCAUCGUAGGCGUCUUCAGCCCCAUCGACGUGGUCCACCAGCAAGAGGAGGCCGCCGCCGCCAUUGCUAGCCGCGUGUGCCCAGACGCCGACGUCGUCAUCUCCAAGGACGUCGCCAACAUCGGCUUCCUCGAGCGCGAGAACGCCGCCAUCCUCAACGCGUCCAUCCUGGCAUUUGCCCGGCGCACCAUCCACUCCUUCCAGCACGCCGUCGCCCAGCUCGGCCUCGACUGCCCAGUCUUCGUCACCCAGAACGACGGCACCACCCUCCCCGCCAGCGCCGCCGCACGCCUGCCCAUCCGCACCUUCUCCAGCGGACCGACCAACAGCAUGCGCGGCGCGGCUUUCCUCCUCCAGCAUCAGACCGGCGCCGACGAUGCAAAAGAGGCCAUGAUGAUCGUCGACAUUGGGGGCACCACGACGGACGUCGGCCUCCUUCUCAGCAGCGGCUUCCCGCGCCAGGCCGCCGCCUACAGCAACCUCGCCGGCGUGCGCACCAACUUUUCGUACCCAGAUGUUCGUAGCAUCGGCCUCGGCGGCGGUUCCAUCGUCGGCCGCGACCGCAAGGGGAAGCUGACCAUCGGCCCCGAGAGCGUCGGCCACCAGAUCCAGACCAAGGCGUUGGUAUUUGGCGGCGACGUCCCGACAGCUACCGACUACACCGUCUUGGGCAGCAGCGACGUGGCCAUUGGGGACCGGGCGCGGCUCGAGGGGUUGGACGAGAUGAAGGAACGGGUGGACGAGUUCAAGGCCUUGGUAAAAACGAUGCUGGAGCGUAUUAUAGACACGAUGAAGACGUCUCCCGAGGACAUCCCCGUCGUGCUCGUCGGCGGAGGCGCCGUCAUUGCGCCGGAUACCCUUGAGGGCGCGAGCCGGGUCGUCAGGCCGAAGUGGUCAGGAGUGGCAAACGCCAUCGGAGCGGCCACAGCACGAGUGAGUAGCGUGGUGGACUCAGUCGAGAGCACCGAGACGCGGUCCAAGUCUGAAGUGGUGGACGAGUUGUGCAAGCGAGCCGUUGACAAGGCUGUUGCCAAUGGCGCUCUGAGAGAUACCGUAACCAUUGCGGAGAUGGAGAGCUUCCCACUGCAGUACAUUGCCAACAAGUCCCGCAUCAUCAUCAAGGCCGUCGGGGAGUUUGACCAUUCUCGCACCGAUCCAGAGACGAUGGCACCAGCAGUCGGCACGUCGGACUUGAGCGGAGAUUUUGCCGAUGAUUUGCAACACAUCGCCGACAAGAGCUCACAAGAGGAGGCCUCGGCUUCGUCGUCUCUCGAGUUCACACCAGAGUAUAUUUCUUCAUACAGACCUAAAGUUGUCAACCGCCAGUGGAUCAUCUCCGAGACCGAUCUGACGUUCAUAUCGACGGGGUGCUAUAUCUUAGGAACCGGUGGUGGCGGCAGUCCCUAUCAGCACUUUUUGCGUCUGCGGGAGCUGCUCCGUGCUGGCGCCACAAUGCGCGUCAUAUCGCCUGCCGACCUCAAAGAUGACGACCUGGUGGCGUGUGGAGGGGCCAAGGGCUCGCCGCAGGUAUCGACUGAGAAGCCAUAUGGAAACGAGAUCCUCGAGGCACAGGCACGGCUCUACGAAUACCUUAAGAAAAGUCCCACCGCCGUGAUCCCCUUAGAAAUUGGAGGCGGGAACGGCUUGCAGGGCUUGGUGAUUGGCUCCUCGACCGCCAUGGACAUACCCACAAUCGACGGCGACUGGAUGGGCAGAGCGUACCCGGUUUCGUGGCAGACCACGCCCGUAGUGUACGAGAAAAAGGCCGUCAUGGUCCCAACCUGCAUAUCAGACGGGAACGGGCGAGUCAUGCUCAUGCUCGAAGCACCAACCGAGCUGGACGCCGAGCGUGCCUUCCGAGCCGCCCUAUCCCAAAUGGGCUCCCACGUUGGCUGCGCCAAGGGGCCCGUGAGCGGCGCCAACACCAAGAAAUGGGUCGUGGAGAACACCGUCUCCCUGUCGUGGCGCAUCGGACGCGCCGUCGCCCGCGCUCGCUGCACAAACACCGUCGACGACGUCGCGUCCGCCAUAGUGGCCGAGGUUGGCGGGCCCGAGUCGGCGCGGCUGCUCUUCCGGGGCAAGAUCGUCGGCGUGGAGCGAGUGCUGCGCAUGGGGCACGCGUACGGCGAGGUCGUCAUCGAGUCGACCGAGGACGUCGACGACCAGAAGAGAGCAGCAGGGCCGGCGGCCAAGGACCGCUUGGUGAUUCCGUUCAAGAACGAAAACAUCUACGCCAAGAGGAUCGAUGGCGUCACGGGGGAGGAAGAAGUGGUGGCCAUCGUGCCCGAUCUGGUGUGCGUGAUUGACGCGCAAGACGGCGAGGCGCUGGGCACGCAGGACUACAGGUACGGACUGCCCGUCAUUGUCCUUGGUAUUGCAGCAUCGGAAAAGUGGACUUCUACAGCUAGGGGUAUUGAUAUUGGAGGACCCAAAGGCUUUGGGUUUGACGAUUUGGAGUAUAAGCCCCUCGGCAAGUUUUCCAAACCGAGGAGUGUUAUCGAUGAGUUUGAUUAUAGUUCGCCCUAG